UUUAAAUGAUGAUUUUUUUUUCAGAUAACAUUUUCAAGGGAAAUUCUUUUUUUUCAAAUUAAAUACAUUGAUAUAACAAUCGAUUAGCAAUAAUCUAAUUUUGUUUGUUUCAUUUGUUCAGGCGAAUAAUUUGAUUCAAUCAUUUUCAUAAUCGACACAUAUUUAAACUUUACAUUAUGACCAUUCAUAAUGGUUGAUUCUGUUUUUUAUUUUUUGUUUUGUUUUUUUUUCUCUUGAAUUAGGAAAACCUAAAUUAAACAAAAAGAAUGGGAAUUGCUUGGAGCGGUUUUAAAUCUGUGUGGUCAUGCAUUAAAUAUGUCUUGAAUUUUUUAUAUCAAGCAUAUCUUCAUUUUCAAACGGCUUCGGAUUUAUUUCAAAAAAUGCUUCCAAUGCCAACACCUAAACUACCUGAUAUUUCUGUUGAUCAAUAUUCUCUUAAUAGUGGGCAAACGUAUUCAAAAGAUGAUUGUAUAAAUAUGUUUUCGUCGAAAUUUCAAUUGUCGAAUAUAUAUCAAAAUUGGGUUGGUAAAUGUUGUCUUGAUGAACCACAAAUCUAUUGUAAUUGUUUUGAAGAUGAAAAUACAAGACAAUUGGUUUUAUCUUCAUGUCCAUAUUUAUUGGAAAAAAAAUUUGAUUCAACUUGUUUUCAUAUAACAAAUCAUACGAAAAAUCAAUACAAAAUAACAAAUCCAAUAUUGCCAGAAUCCGAUAAUAAUGUUUUAAUUACCAACAUCGAAUUUAAAUAG